AGGGACAAACAAAACCACCGCCCACAAAGGCUAAUUGUCCUGGUUUCCUUUGUUAGUUUCUCGAAAGAAUGUCUGUGAAUCUUUAUAAACUCUCCAUUUACUUAUUGCUGCUUCUUCAACAUCAAUGGCUUCUUCAUUACAACACUUGCUCAACGAACAAGGGUUCGAAAAAGGCAAAUCGUUGAAGAAUCCCAGAGAUUUCAAAGCACCAGAUGAGUCCAUACAACUGCCAAUUUACAUCUGCCAUGGCCGAAAAAGCUCGGAAACUUCGAACCACAAGGACGACAAGACUAUUACUCGAAAAGGGUCUUCCGUGUUUUUGUCUAAGAGGGUGUCGAAACUGAAACCCGAAGAGCCUGCAAUAGAUGAAUCCGCCAUUAAAGCUGUGAUAUCACUGCUCAGUGGCUAUAUUGGCAGGUUCAUAAAAGACGAGACUUUCCGUGAAAUGAUCAAAGAAAAAUGCAGAUCUUGCUUAUCAAAGUUGAAAGCGGAUAAUCGAGUUGUUAUGGAUAUCGAACUUGGAAUCGAGAGCAUUGACAAGUUAGUAUUGGAUCGAGACAACAAACUGGAAGGAAGGAUGAAAUUAGUGAAGAAUUCGAUUAAGCUUUUGAGCAUUGUUGCUCCCUUGAAUGGUUCAACUUGCAGGGUUCCCGAUUCUCAUCUCUCGGUGUGUGCUCGGUUAUACCUAUCGAUAGUUUACAAGCUCGAGAAGAACGAUAGAUUAUCGGCUUGGCAUUUACUUCAAGUGUUUUGUGAUUCGGUCUUUCUAGCAAGAACCCAUUUUUUCCCAGAUUUAUGGGACCAUUUCUUCCUUCCACAUCUUCUUCACCUUAAGGUUUGGUACCACAAAGAACUUGAACUUCUCUGCAACUCAAACAAUGCCCCGAAAGAGACGAAAUUGAAAGCUUUAAGUAAGCUCUACAAUGAGCAAAUGGAUAUGGGGACAGCUAAGUUCGCUAUGUAUUAUAAAGAGUGGCUUAAAGUUGGAGCUAAAGUUCCACCAGUUCCUACAGUGCCUUUGCCAUCAAGUUCUAGUUAUGGAUCAUCGAGAAGACAAUCAUCCGAUUCGUAUGCUUCAUGUUCUGUUAAUCGAAACUUGUAUCAAAGUGUGUUCGUUGCCACAGCUGAGAGGCAAUCGAUGCUGCUCGAUCGUCGAAUCAGGGCAUCAAUCGAUGUAUGUCGCCUUGAGGAUGAAGAAAUCUACAUCAUGGUAAUGUAA